AUGGCCGGCCCAGCCCACGCAGGCGCCGGAAUCAGGCACCUGGAGUUCGCCGGACAGGACCACGAGGACCCACGAACAUUCGGCCAUACCUGCCGUGACCGUUUGGCUCGCUACGGCGUUCCACUCGAUGAGUGGACGGAGCGGGUGAGCGACCAGCUCAGAGGGGCCGCCCGUUACUGGUGGGCCAUGGUCGGGGAAGGCGAGAUGGCAUGGGACGACUUCAUCUCUCGGCUGGAGAGCCGGUUCAACGAUGCGCGAGCACUGGCACAGUGCCGGCGCUCUCUUUUCUGUACCCCACAAGGAGACGACGAGGACGUUGAGUCGUUCAUACGAGCCAAAGUGCGACUCCAUCGCUGGCUAGCCACUGGAGGCUACCUAAGUGAAGCCCUUGGGCUGGUGGUUGAACUGAUGAGGCGGGAGUUGCGUUCACACCUGAGAGGAGCCACCAGAUGUGACCUGGAGGACUUUGUGCAACUAGCCAUGGAAAUUGAAUGA